AUGAGCCCCGCGAAAUUGUCGACUGAAACACGCAUUGAUAUGGUUCCUUUCUUCGCUGACGCAGCGCUUCUGCCUGGUCCACUCCCCAGCACCGAAGCCAUUGCCUCAUGUGAAGAUGUACUCAAGGAAUACCUGGGCCGGCGCAUUGUUCGUAUUGGAGAAUUAGUCGUCAAGUAUGGUACUUGGGUGUCCUUAAAUGAGGGCCACACAAUGCGUUUUAUCAAACAGCACUCAGCAAUACCAGUCCCGGAGGUUUACGCCAUAUAUUCUACCCCAAAAGAGAAUUCUCACAGGCCAACAAAUUCUAUCAUAAUGGAGCAUAUACCUGGGGAAAGCCUUCAAAACUGCUGGUCUAAUCUUGAUGAUGAAGCAAAAAAUAAGAUCACUGAUCAGCUCCGGGCUUACUUCAUACAACUACGUCAAAUCCCUUAUCAGGGCUACUUUGGUGUGGUUGGAAAACGGCCAUUUGAGGAUGGAAUGCUUCGGCCUUUCGACGUGACUGAUAUCAACGAUACUGCGAGCAACGAUACUGGCUAG